AUGGUGGCCGGCUCCAGGUCGUCAUUGAGGCGUCCUACCCUAAGGUCCAGCGAGGAGACGCCGCCUCUACUUUCACAGUCUCGUGAUUCAGGCAACGCUGUUCGAUCAAAACGCGUUCGAGCAUCGACGGUCAUAGGCCAGGAGCAAAACCUCAAGAGACGUCGUCUUUCAGAGAACAACAACGAAAUCCCCCAUCUUCGGAUUCCACUGAGAUCACGAGGCGGUCCCAAACUUAUCUCGCCUGCGGUUCCUCCUACCGGCAUUUCAACGACCGAUGUAUCUACAAACCCUUCCAUUGGUGCCACUGCACUCGAAUCCCCCAGCGGAAAACCUCAAUAUGAACAGAUCAAGAUCAUUGAAGCAAGAGCCAAGGCAUCAAUUCGCGGCGGAUCACUUGCACCGUCUCAUGAUGAUCGUCGUAAACUACGAUCUGAAGAUGGUGGCUCCAGAGCCAAAACAGAACUUGCUCAGUAUUUCCCCGAUUUUGAAGAGAUGCUCAGUCUGAAGCCUGUAGACCCAGAAGCAUUGACUGUCAAGACUAGGGUCAUUCUUGUCGACGAUACUCCGGACUUUGAACCGAACCCUCCUAAACCGGAUCCUUUUGGAGCUCGAAAGCCACUGCACCGAACAGAAAUUAUACAACUAUCCCAGCGCGGUACCUCUAGCGGUAUCUCCGCCGUGGAUCCUCUCGACGGGGAUGUCUACAUUAGAAUCCACUCUAAAGCAGAGAGACACGAGAAACAGAUGAAAAAUGGUGAUCGAGAGCGAGCACAGCAUGAGAAAUACCAACUCGAAAAACUCUUGGACGACCUUCGUGGCCCGGACUGGCUGAAGACGUUAGGGAUCACAGGCAUAACAGACACCGAGAAGAAGCGAUACGAGCCUAAACGACUACUUUUUAUCCGUGAGACGCAAGCAUUGAUUAACAAGUUCAAACGAUGGAAGGAGGAAGAGAAGAGAAGGAAAUGGGAGAAAGAGCAAGCUCUUCUUGAGGAAGAAAUGGAGCAAGAGAGUGCUGAGAGUGAGAGUGAGAGUGAGCGAGGGAGUGUGAGCUCGAGCAAUGAGGGAAGCAUCCAAACCAUGUCUUCGCAAGCACCUAACUCGAGCGAACUAGAUGCCCUUGCCUCACAACAACUCAUUGAGGAGGCGAAUAUCGCCAUCAAGAGGAAGAGGCCAGCAGUGUCACGGCCGGUCGACCCUCCGCCGCCACCACCACCACCACCACCACUACCACCACAACCUCUUCCGCGCAGACCAUUUGUUUCAUUCUUUGAAAAGCGUCAUUUGAGAGACGCGGCUGUUGCAGGUCGUCAACGUGGAAGAGGCAUCCUGGCUUUUGGCCUUCCAGUUCCGGAACUGUUCGAGCAUGAUUUUGUAUUGCCCGAUGAUGUUCUCACCGAGGAGGCUAUCAAACAAAGCCAACGUUCAGGGAGGCGAAAGAGAAGAGCGGUGGACCCUUAA